AACACUCUACGGUUUGACCCAAAACAACCCACGCCAGACCCAGACACCACGCACAGCCGUCCUCCCCGGCCCGACGCCCAGCCGCCGGCCGCCCCAUCCCCGCCUCUCCCUGCGUCGCCGUCCUCCCCGGUCGCCGGCCGCCGAACCGCCUAGGAGGCUCCUCCGCACCUGCCUCUCGGUCGCGCCCUCGGCGCCAGCUGCGCCACUGCCCCCGGCGGCGACCCUGCUACCCAAGUGCCCUGCCCCAGCAGCCUGGCACCCCUGCAAGCCGGCGGCAAUCGCCCACCGCCCAGUCUGCACUGUGCCACUAGGCUCGGCCUGAUUUGAGCCGCCAGGUGCGCAAGGCGGCGACCUUGGAGCUCGGACCUCCUGACCUCGCGGCAGCUCGCGCCAGGUGCUGGUCUCCGGCGGCAGGCAACACCGCAGUGCCGCAGGAUUCCAGGGUGAAAGUAGCAAGUGCUUCCCUCCUCUUCGGCGUCUUCAUCCCUGCCACUCUGCUCGUCCGCAAUUACAAGGGUCAAGCUGCUGUGAGAUGGAUAUUUUGUAUCUAUGCAAGGAUGUCUUAAAGAUUCAGAAGUUUAGGCGGCUGGCGUCUUAUGCUGGAUUCUAUUCAUUCACUACCCUCGUUACCUAUGCUUACACAAGCAAUACGACAAGGGCUGGCAUUUCGAGGGCUGAUCAGUAUUAUGCCGCCUACCCUUCUGGUACCGACCUGCUGACUGAUACUGCAAAGCUUUACAAGGCUGCGUUGGGUAAUUGUUUCGAAAUAGACGACUGGGGUCCAAUAGAAUUCUCCAUCAUGGCAAAGCAUUUUGACCGGCAAGGCAAACCACCAUAUGCUUACCAUGCUCAAUACAUGUCACACCUUCUAUCCCAUGGCCAGCUCGAUGGAAGUGGUUAACUGCAGGGAUGUGUUCUGUUAGAUUCUCUUGAGGCUUCAUUGCAGUCCUUCAGUUAUUUGUAAGAAAGAGAUGGCUCGCUGAAAUCUUGAAUUGUUCUGGCCUGUGACGAUGGAUGGCAGAGUCAAAAUCGUAGAUGCUGAGCUGUUGCAAUAUCAACUUACUAGUAGUCAAAACUGUGCCGAAUUUCCCCAUGAAUAAUUAUGGUUGCACCUAGUUGAAGCAAGUACUGGCAAUCUCUUAUCC